AUGGAUUCAUCAUCUUGUUUACACAUAGCAAUGUACCCAUGGUUUGCAAUGGGCCAUCAAACUGCAUUCUUUCACAUAGCUAACCAACUAGCAAAAAAAGGCCACAAAAUCACAUUUCUCACACCUCAAAAAGCACGAUCCAAAUUAGAACCAUCCAAUCUCCACCCACAUUUGAUCACUUUCAUCACUAUCCCAGUUCCUCAUGUUCAAGGCCUUCCCCCCGAUUCACAAACAACAGCUGAUGUCCCUUACCCUUUACAACCACACAUCAUGACAGCCAUGGAUCUAACACAACCCGACAUCCAAACUCAUCUCACUAUUCUCAAACCUCACAUUGUUUUCUACGAUUUCACACAUUGGAUUCCAUCUCUAACAAAACGUUUAGGCAUCAAAGCUAUUCAUUUUUGCACCGCUAGUUCGGUUAUGGUUGGCUACACUUUAACACCGGCUAGAUUUUCAAAACAAAAUUUAACUGAACUUGAUCUCAUGGAACCACCACCUGGUUACCCUGAUUCAUCUAUAAGACUUUACAUUCACGAAGCUAAACUCUUUGCUGCUAAAAGGAACGAGUUUUUUGGUAGCAAUGUUCUUUUCUAUGAUCGACAAGCCAUUGCUUUGAAUGAAGCUGAUGCAUUGGGAUAUAGAACUUGUAGAGAAAUUGAAGGACCUUAUCUUGAUUACAUACAGAAACAGUUUAAUAAACCGGUUCUUACUUCAGGACCUGUUAUAUUUCAAAACUCAAAUUCUAUUUUGGAUGAAAAUUGGUCUACUUGGCUUGCUGGAUUCAAACCAGAUUCAGUUGUUUAUUGUUGUUUUGGAAGUGAAUGUGUUUUAAGGCCAAAUCAAUUUCAACAAGUUAUGCUUGGUCUUGAGUUAACUGGCAUGCCAUUUUUUGCAGCAUUGAAACCACCUUUUGGUUUUGUGACUAUAGAAGAAGCAUUGCCAGAAGGGUUUGCAGAAAGAACAAAAGGAAGAGGCGUUGUUUAUGGUGGUUGGGUUCAACAACAACUAAUUCUGGAACAUUCUUCUGUGGGAUGUUUCAUUACACAUUGUGGUUCAGGUUCUUUGUCUGAGGCAUUGGUGAACAAAUGUCAAUUGGUUUUGUUACCAAACGUUGGUGAUCAGGUAUUGAAUGCUAGGAUGAUGGGAAAUAGUUUGAAAGUUGGUGUGGAAGUUGAGAAAGGUGAAGAUGGAAUGUAUAGUAAGGAUAGUGUUUGUGAAGCUGUAAGAAUUGUGAUGGAUGAUGAAAGUGAAAUAAGUAAGAAAGUGAGAGCUAAUCAUACUAAGAUUAGAGAGAUGUUGCUUAAUAAAGAUCUUGAAUCAUCUUAUAUUCAUGAUUUCUGCAACAAGCUUCAAGAGAUUGUUUUGGAAAAGAGUUGA